AUGAGUGUGCACAACCAUAGACUCAAACCUGGGCAGUGGACUGUGGCUGCAAUUUGGAUUUGUAAUAAAGGAGAUGGUGUUAUAUCAAGCCUUAACUGCAUUGAAGCUGGAUGGCAUAUUUAUCCAAAUCACUAUGGUGACUCAUAUCCUCACUUCUAUACCCAAUGGACGAGAGAUGGAAAUAAUAUAACAGGAUGCAUUAACAUGGACUGCCCUGGUUUCAUAUGGGUGAAUGGCGCCGUUAUAGCUCCAGGUGAUGUUAUACAACCAGUUUCUCAUAUUCCCGGUGGGCAUGUACAGAAUAUUACACUAAGAGUGCUUAAGGACAAAUCAAGUGGAGAUUGGUGGGUGUACUACGGACUCAACAGUGUCCCCACAGGGGUGGGAUACUUCCCGAGGUCAUUGUUCACCUACUUAGCAGAUAAGGCAAGUGACAUGUCUUUUGGCGGUGGGGUGGUUACCAAUAGGGUGGAUCCAAAUCCUCCAAUGGGCAGCGGUUUCUUCCCAAAUGACGGUCAUGGUCAUGCUGCAUCAUUUAGCAACCUUCGAAUCAUUGAUCAGGACGGAAACAGCAAUCCCAUCAUGGUAGACUUACCUAAGAAAGUUACUGAUGAGAAAUGCUACUCCAUUACUGCUAUCAGUAAUGGUGAAUUCCUUUACGGUGGGCCUGGAAAUUGUAUGAAAUAA